AGAAUUCUUUGCUUAUUAUUUGAUUGUGCCACGCAAAGACUUCCCAACAGUGUUCAUAAAGUUGGAAAAUUAUACGUAAAUCUGAACAGAAUUAUAAAAAAAUACAAAGAUUUAUAUUUUUUCUUCAUUUCCUAAUACUAAGUAGUGAGAGAGCUUGAAAAAGGUACACCCUUCUCCAUCAAACAAAAUGGGUUCAAGCCAUAGUGUAGAGGUUCCGGGCGGUGGCACUGAGGGAUACCAUGUACUAAAAGUACAGGAUAAUUCUCCGGGUCAAAAGGCAGGCUUAGAAGCCUUCUUCGAUUUUAUUGUAGCUAUAGCCGGUACACGUCUCGAUCAGGAUAAUGACAUGUUAAAGGAAUUGCUGCGUCAAAAUGUUGACAAACCUGUAAGAUUAACGGUGUACUCUAGCAAAACACAAACAGUGCGAGAACUUAUGUUAACUCCAAGUAAAACUUGGGGUGGCCAAGGUUUGUUAGGUGUGAGUAUACGUUUUUGUUCAUUUGAAGGUGCAAAUGAAAACGUAUGGCACAUUCUCGAAGUACAUCCCAAUUCGCCAGCUGAAAUUGCUGGCUUACGUGCAUAUUCGGAUUACGUUAUCGGAGCGGAUGCUAUACGACACGAAAACGAUGAUUUGUUCACUUUGAUUGAAUCACAUGAGCAACAGCCGCUUAAAAUGUACGUCUACAAUAUUGAUGACGAUGCAUGUCGUGAGGUAACGAUAAAACCAAAUUGUAAUUGGGGAGGCGAGGGUGCAUUGGGUUGUGGAAUUGGUUAUGGUUAUUUACAUCGUAUACCAGUGCAAGCAGUGGCUUCUGUCAUCAAAGCGCCCACUACGAUUGAACCCGUGAACAUACCAACAAAUACAGCGAACACCAUACCACCGACUGCAACAACCAUAACGCCAGUUAUAGCACCUACGCUGCCUUAUGUUCCUCCUUUAACAAACACCUUUAAACAACCACCACAAACUAAUGCGCCCACGGACGUGGCAAAACCAAUUGAAGGCUCUAACAGCAUUGCAGUUUCGACAGCAACAACAACUUCACAACAGCCAAGCGUUUUUCAAACAUAUUUUAAUCCAGAUGCGAUAACAACAGCAGCCAGUACUGGUUUUGAUGCAAUACAAAACACAGCCACACCUGUACCAGUACAGAAUAAUGGUGAAGGGAACAACACAUCCCCUAUCACACCACCCAUUGGCACACAGAGUCCUGCCCCCGUUGCUGCCGCCAAUCCACAAACGUCACAGUUCUACGUUUCUAAUGUUCCACCACCUGCAAGCUUGUUUAUACCGGGAUCUAAUGAACAAACUGCUGCUAUUGGCGCAACACAGUUGCCGUAUCCACAGGCCACAUUGCCACAACCAGCACCAUACGUACCCACAGCAACUGUGCCCAUGUAUUCAACUCAACAACAACAACAAUAUAUGACUGCGCCAAUGGCAUUAUCAUAUCCAGCAGCUCAAACAGUGCCCACUUAUCCACAAAUGCAAGCUGCAGCUGGACUUUAUCCGACACAGUCCACACCUAUGCCACCACAAAUGUAUGUACAGCAGUCGGCAACAGAAUCCAAUGCAAACGUUAACGGCACUCCACAGCCAACAAAUGUGCCAACAACCGCCGUGUCACACAUACAACCCAUACAACAGACCUUUGGUAAUUAGUUGAAUACAAGGAACCUCGUUUCAAAUAUUAUAUAAAUUUUUAUCUACUUCAUACUAAACUUUUUGCUUUUAUGUAUGUAUAUUUGUGUUUUAUGUUUUAUGCUUUUGCUUAUUGUUUAUAAAGGUCAACAAUAUUUACAGUCGAUUUGACAAACUAUUUAGUAAUAUUAUAUAAAAGACGAGUUAUUAAAUUUA